UAACUGAGUUGCAGCCCAAAAUCCCAAAGAGGGCAGCCCCUCUGAUUCAUUCUCUUAGAUCAUCUUCACCGCUAAUUAGCUCAAUUCUUUGAGUAACAAAACUCUGCUUCUUUUUUUUUGGAUUCAUUACGGUUUUUUAUUUUAAUCUUAAUUAAAGGAGGAAGGGUUCGGACCCUCGCUAAUUCAUCUUCUGUUUCGCUUCCGCAUUUUCCCGCAAUUUUCCAGACCCUACCUGCGGUAGUCCCUCACUCCAAUUUCUCUGCUGCAGUUUUUUCAAUAUUCAGUUCUCAAUUUUCAAUGCUGUAAUCACCAAUCCCCUUUUAUGCAUAAUUAUCUUUUGCCUCUUGGUUUCUUUUGUUGUGUGCAACAGGAAUCUGUCAUUGUAUAUACCUUGAAAUUAGGUACUACUGUGAAUUCCCCCCCCCCCCCCCCCCCCCCCCACAAAAAAAAAACCUCUUUUGAAACGUUAAAUUCAGAUUGUGAAUAAUUGUUCUAUGAUCAAUUUGAAGAUAUAUGCAAAUAUUUUUCAUGGUAUGUGAAUAUUUCUUUCCGCAAUGCCAAAGAUUGACUAUUUAACUGAUAAUCUGCGUUGAUUAUUGACCAUUGAGGUUUUAGGAACUAAAACUGCUGAGUUAGUGAUAGAAGUUUCUUCUUGAUGCAAAUUACUUGAAGGGUUUAAUCACUGGGUCAAUUUUACAGUUUCUUGAUUUGAACCAAUUUUAGAAUUUCUAAGUUUCACAUUUUAUGUUUGUUUCACUUUUUCUGUCUGUAAUUUGAUGGGUCAUUCUCUUUUCUGAUACCAAGCCCUUUUCUUAUAGAUGCUCCCUGGAUUUCCUUCACUUGGAAUCUUUGAGUUUCUUCUAACUUGGUUGUUAACUAACUAUAUCUGGCGUUCUGUAAAUAUAAUGGUUAUCAUAUCACAAUAGCGUUUACGACAUUGGGUGAGUAUAUAUACACUUGUUUUGUGGCUUUGUGCUAAGAAGUUCAUAAUUUUAGAGUGGUUGAAUAGCUUGUUGGAGAAUAGAGAAAUAACUAAAGGGGCAUUUACUGUGUGUGAAUAAUGAAGGGAAUGCAUUGCAAAAAGUAAGGUUAUUUCUGUAGUUGUAGACAUGAUUAUGUCUACAUCGGGACCAUAUUCACACUUUUGCCUAUUGAAUGGUUUCCUAUGUCUUAAACAUUAAGAAAACAUAGAUUUAUAUUUCAGUGUGUUCGGUGGGGGGUAAUUGUCGGAAGAGAUGAUCAUAUUAUGUAUUAUGGUUCAUAUCUUUAAAUUCAGUUUGGAACUUAUGAGGCAAAUGUGUCUAUGUUAAUAUGUGUGUCGGCUGCAAGACAAAUAUCACAUUGUUGACUUGAUUUUCUCUGCUUUGCUUCUUAUCUAUGAUCUACUUUGAUUUUUUAUUUUUUAAUCAAGAAUACAAGCUCAUGUUGCUGUUUCGAACAAUUGAAAAUAAGAAAUGGUUAAGAUUUCAUUUUAUUUCAAUAAUGAUCAUAAUUCUUUCUGGCAGUUAGCUAUGUUGUACCUUUUCUGUGUACUUAUGUUCAGAGAUAAUUUCUGAUGAGUGUGGAAGAAAUGUCCCUUCAUACUGAGAGAACCACAGAAGAAGUAAGCUGUGCUACUCUGCUAACCAAUGGUCAAAAUGGCAUUCUUGAGGACAAUACUUGUGAAGAGGCAGGAUUUAACGUGAGAGUGAAAAACUCGUGGUUUAAAAGAAAUAGCAGAGAGAAGUAUGGUGCUGUCUUAUGCUGCAGUAGCCAGGGGUUCAAAAGAGUAAAGGAUGUGAACCACCUGCGGAAGGAAACAAGAACUGGUUGUCCUGCUAUGAUGAGGAUGAGGUUGGUCGAUUCUAAAAGGUGGCGAGUACUUGAAGUUACUCUUGAGCACAACCAUCUAUUAGGAGCGAAAAUUCACAAGUCUAAUAAGAAGGUUGGUAGUGGAACCAAGAGAAAGUUUCUGUCGAACCCCGACACUGAAAUACAACCCAUCAAACUCUAUCGUGCUCUUGUAAUAGAUGCAGGUAGUGAUGGGAACUCCAACUUCAACCAGAAGCUGGCUAAAACUCCCUCUGAUCAGACCAAUAAAUUGAACUUAAGAAAAGGCGACACACAAGCAAUGUAUAAUUACCUUUGUCGUGUACAGUUGACAAACCCGAAUUUCUUUUACUUGGUGGAUUUAAAUGAUGAAGGGGGUAUGAGGAAUGUCUUCUGGGCAGAUGCUAGGUCUAGGGCUGCAAAUGUUUACUUUGGUGAUGUGAUUUUCUUUGACACAACUUGUUUGUCCAACAAAUAUGAGGUUCCUCUUGUUUCGUUUGUUGGCAUGAAUCACCAUGGUCAGUCUAUUUUACUUGGUUGUGGCCUGCUUGCAAGUGAGACAAUUCAGUCAUAUACUUGGCUAUUGAAAGCAUGGCUUAUUUGUACAUCUGGACCUUCCCCACAAACCAUCAUUACUGACAGGUGCAAGGUUUUGCAGAGUGCUGUUGCUGAUGUGUUUCCGAUGUCUCAACACCGGUUUUGCUUGUCACACAUCAUGAGAAAAGUUCCGGAGAAACUGGGAGGAUUGCGUAGCUAUGAUGCUGUAAGGAAGGCAUUUCUGAAAGGAGUUUAUGAGGCUUUAAAGCCAUAUGAUUUUGAAUCAGCAUGGGGAUUUAUGAUUCAGCAUUUUGGAGUUUCGGAUAAUGAGUGGCUUAGAUCAUUAUAUGAGGAUCGAGCACAAUGGGCUCCUGUUUACCUAAAAGACACCUUCUUCGUGGGAAUGGCUGCUGCACAGGUUGGUGAAACGCUGAAUGCCUUUUUUGAUAAGUACUUGCACAAGCAGACUCCACUAAAAGAAUUUCUCGACAAGUAUGAACUAGCAUUGCAGAAAAAACACAAGGAAGAAGUGAUUGCAGACACCGAGUCAAGAAACUCAAGUCCUGAACUGAAAACACGAUGUUCCUUUGAACUGCAGCUGUCCAAGGUAUAUACUAGAGCGAUAUUCAAAAGAUUCCAGUUGGAGGUGGAGGAGAUGUAUUCUUGUUUCAGUACGACACAGAUACAUGUUGAGGGACCGAUCACAAUCUUCUCAGUCAAAGAAAGGGUUCUGCAUGAAGGAAAUAGGAGAGAGAUCAAAGAUUUUGAAGUUCUUUACAACCGAGGUGCAUCUGAAGUUCGUUGCAUCUGCAGCUGCUUCAACUUCUAUGGUUAUCUAUGCCGUCAUGCACUGUGUGUGUUGAAUUUCAACGGAGUAGAGGAGAUCCCCUCGAAAUACAUCUUGUUGAGAUGGAAAAAGGAUUAUAAACGGUUUUACCUUCAUGACCGUGGGGCUGAGAGCUCUGAUAGCAGUGAGCGGGUGCAAUGGUUCAACCAGCUCUAUAGAAGUGCAUUGCAAGUUGUGGAGGAAGGAGUGAUCUCCCUCGACCAUUACAAGAUUGCGCUGCGAGCACUUGAAGAGUCGCUUGAUAGAGUUCAUAGCAUUGAAGGUAAAGUGUCUAGCCAUCAUUGAGUGAUAUCCAGACCCCUACCUAUUCAUAGUCAUGUAUGUAUUGUCUAGCCAAUUUCUGCAACAUAAUUUUUCUUUCCUUUCAGCUGUCAUCAAAUUAGAGGAGGGAUUCUUACUGUGUAUAAUAUGAAUUUUGGCGAAGCAUUGGAUUAGUUGGUGUUGAUUA